GUCCAAAGCCGCUUCUGGAGAUUUGGUGCAAGGGAUGCGGGCGAAGUACUUUCAGCCCAGACACAUACCUGACGAGCGACUACCUGGAAUGGCCGCCACAGUACUACAAUUAACACCCCGCAUGAAAGCGAUGAACAUAACGGCACCCCAACCAUCAGGCAACAUAUGCAAGGAUUGCCAUGAGACGAUCAGACGCGGGUGGCCAGGAGUUCCAAGAGCCCAGACAGUUGCAAAGCUAGAUAACACAGAGUUCAGGAAUGGGGAGUUCGCUGAAGCUCGGGCUACAUACCAGCAGGACACCCAAGAGAAGAUACAGUUUGGCAGUUCCAAGGUCAAGAAGCGUGCCAAAGCUGUCAAGAAAAAAGAUACUACAAAGGUGAAGCAGAGACUGAAGGGCAAGAUGAUGCGUGUGAGUCAGUACAGAGAGGCAUUUGGAUCUCCGAGCAAAUAUGGUCACAAGAUUAUCAAGGGGACAGACCCCGAAACUCAAGAGAAGUGCGACUGCGUGUUCAUCCCUGAGCAGAAGAGUGGAGAGUGGUCCGCAGAGAUCACAAUCACUUCGGGCGUUGUCAAUGAGACACUGAUUGACACGGACCGGGACGCGCUUAUGGAUGGACAAUUGCCGCAACCUCAGACAAGUACAUAGUCUGAGUCUGAGUCAUA